CUCCAACCUCCGCCAAAAGUCAGAGUUCUGCUUGCUUGGCAUAAGGUGUCGUUCUUUGAUUCGGGUUCUCGCUUCUGAGGCGUAUUUCUUUAAAUUGCAAAGUCACAUUUUGGUGGCUAAAUUGCUUUUUGCCAUUAGAAAACGAGGAAAAUAGUACAUUUCAAAAAUCUGAAUUGACAUGUUUGUAAUUGAGAAACAAUGUGUACUUUCAAAAUAAUGAUAAUUUACAAAAAAAAUACUCCAGGUAAUUUAGACACCAAUUGACUGCAUUUGGAUCAUUUUUUUUGCUACGUUUCAAGUUUCUCAUAGUAAAUUUUAAUCUAAAUUGUCCAUGUGUACUCUUGCAACUUGAAUCUCUUCAUUCUGUUUUCCUGUGGUGAGCCUUAUAACACACUGACCUUGAUUUUUUUUUCUGUACUUCUCUUUGCUUCCUUCUGACAGCUGCUCUUUCAAACAAACAUCUUCAAAACAAUGUUGUAUUGAUACUUUACAAUAGAUUGAAUGUUGAGCUAAGCUAAUGUUAACUUUAUUUAGAAUAGACUAAUUAAUCAUUUAUGAAACAUACACAAACAGUGUCAUUGUUUUGUAUUAUCAUUAGGAUAGCAUACUGCAUUGGAUUAUGCCGAGGUUAGGCUGCCACCUUGUGGCUGACUCCUCUUGUUUCUCUCUGUCAACCUGCAGGAUCAGGCAUCUAAGGACAAAGCCCUGCAGAACAUGGCAGCGCUGUCAUCUGCACAGAUCGUCUCUCCGAGUAUAAUAAAUAAACAUCUUCCACCACUGCCUCCGGCCCCGUAUCCACCAGCCAGAUUCUGGCCUGCUCAAAUCCCAGGACAGCCUGGACCUUCUCAGGA